UGUUUUUUUUUUAGAGGCGGCUCUCUCUGUCUCGUGCGAAAAGCGAACGCGGGGGCAAAGAGGAUGGAGCGCGAGCUCACAGUCGCCCGUCGGCAGCGCGUCGGGAGGAACUGGGAUUUGCGAGCGAGACGCCCCGUUUUGGCACGCGCGUGCGAGCUCUUGAUUGCUUAAUUGAUUCGCGUCAAUCAAUAGUAUAUAGAUAGUUAAAACAAAAAAAAAGAAGAAGAAGAAGAAGAGGAAAAGAAAAAUAUACAACGAACUCCGAGCGAAUAUUUCACGCACGGGGGCAACUUUCAGGUCGGCGGAAGAUCAGCAUCAGCCGCGUGUCGCGCGCACCGGUUCCCAGCUCGGUGUAUCGGCGGUGACUUGUCGGAAGGUGCGCUCUUUUUAUUGCUUGUCGUCUGUUUUUGUCAGAACACACACACAGGAGCAUUUUUCCGUCCUGCAAUAGAAAAAAAAGCACCUAAAAGCACCGGACAGAAGAGUAAAAGUUUGCGCAAAGGAAGAGGAAGAAGAAGAGGAAGAGGAAGAAGAGGACUGCGCGCGCGUGUGUGUUUAUAUCUAUACAUAUAUAUCAGGGACUGUUUUUAUUCCUCUGUGACGAGUGUGUGUGAGAUGCCGGGCGAUGUCCCGCCGCAAGCAGGGCAACCCGCAGCACCUGUCCGUGAGCCAGAGGGAGAGCGUGCAGCCAGCAGCAGAGGCCAACCAUGAAAUGGGGGUGGAGCCUCGUUCACCAGGGGUCUGUACUCCCAGUCCAAUGGGCAAUGCCGGAGAGAGAGACCUGCUGACCUGCGGCCAGUGUCAGACCAACUUCCCUCUAGGAGACAUCUUGGCCUUUAUCGAGCACAAGCGGAGGCUGUGCCGUGGGGCUGGAGCCUGCUACGAGAAACCGGGUGAUGGAGGUGCCACGUCGUCAUCUCCGCAUGCUCUGCGGGCUGAACUCACCAGGAGACCCCGCCCUGUGGAGAUCGGCAUCCAGGUCACACCGGGCGAGGAAGAGGAGGAAGAAAAGCGUCUAACGCCCGCCAGAGGAAUCUGCCCUAAGCAAGAGAGUGUACCAACAGGGAAAGACGAGCCUUCUAGCUACAUCUGCACCACAUGUAAGCAGACCUUCACCAGCGCCUGGUUCCUGCUGCAGCACGCUCAGAACACACAUGGCAUCCGCAUCUACCUGGACAAUCACCCUUCCAGCUGUUCUCUUACACCCCGUAUGGCAUUGCCCCCUCCUCUGGGAGCAGAUGCCCUGCCUCGCUCGCCUCUUGCCAGCUUUCUGGGAGACAACAGUAACCCGUUCCACUUGCUCCGCAUGGCAGCACCUCUUCUGCGAGAGACUCAGCCUCCCGGAUACAUCGAGACCCGCUUGCCAUCUACACCACCAUUUGUAAGCCCACCUCUACCACCCCGUCAACCCCUUGAGCGUCUGGGCCCAGAGGAGAUGGGCAUUCUUACACAGCAUCCCAGUGCCUUUGAGCGGGUGAUGCGCUUGGCCCCAAUGCCAAUGGAGCCACCAUCCAUGGAUUUCUCCCGCCGCCUCCGUGAGCUGGCCAGCAACAACAACAAUAACGGUGGGCCCACACCUCCUCUCUCACCCAACCGUAUGCCCCCUGUGCACAGGCUUCUUAGCCCCACACUCUUUCAGCCUGGUGCCAAGCCAGCACCAUUUCUGGGAACACCAACACAGCCUCUUCCGGCUGUUCCCAGGUCCAGCUCCUCACCAACUUUGGGACAGGGAGGCAAAGUUAAGUCCUGUGAGUUCUGCGGAAAGACAUUUAAGUUUCAGAGUAAUCUGAUAGUACACAGGCGCAGUCACACCGGUGAGAGGCCUUAUAAGUGCCACCUGUGUGAUCACGCCUGCUCUCAGGCCAGCAAGCUGAAACGGCACAUGAAGACCCACUUACAGAAGUCAGGUUCGUUGAGCAGUUCGCCCGAUCGGGGCAGGCGUGACUCAACAGGAGAGGAGCAAAAGAGUGGAGAGGGCAGGGAAAUACUGGACAACGACGAAGAUGAGGAAGACGAGGAGGAGGACGAGGAAGAGGAGGAGAUAGAAGAGCAACAGAACGGCAAUAGCAGGCCCGCAUCUAAUCUUAGCAUGGACUCUGAGCUCAGCAGGAACCGGGAAAAUGAGCCCCAGCCUUUGAUGACCGAGAAACCACUCUCAAUCAACAGAGGGAUGGAAAGCCAAUAUAACAACAUCGACAAUCACCUGAGACUGCCUUUGGGCAAGAGGCUGAGGGAAGAGGCAGAUGCAGAUUCAUCAGCCAGAGGAAUAGAUGCAGAGGGUCAACCCAUGGUUAACGGCAGGGGCUGCGGUCACGAGGACUCCAUGGUGCGUUUGUUCCAGCAGAAGCCUGCACCAAUCUCUAGCCCAAACCUUUCUAGCUCCUCAGCCAAGAGGAUCAAAAUAGAGAAAGACAUGGAGCUUCCAUCCCUGCCACUUAUUUCUUCUGAAAAUGUGUACUCUCAGCUGUUGGCUGGCUACGCUGCUUCCCGCCACUACAUCAGGGAGCCCUUCCUGGGCUUUGGUGACUCUCGACAGUCACCUUUCGCCACCUCAUCUGAGCAUUCCUCCUCAGAGACGGGCAGUCUGCGCUUCUCCACACCUCCUGGGGAGCUGCUGGAAAGCGGAUUGUUGUCAGGACGGAGUGGCAGCAGCACACCCCACCUCCAUCUUCGAGGUCCGGGUCCUGGCAGGCCUCCUGGUUCUAAAGAGAGCCGGAGGAGUGACACGUGCGAGUUCUGUGGCAAGGUGUUCAAGAACUGCAGCAACCUGACAGUGCAUCGGCGCAGCCACACAGGCGAGAGGCCAUACAAGUGCGACCUGUGCAGCUAUGCCUGUGCACAAAGCAGCAAGCUCACGCGCCAUAUGAAGACCCAUGGCCAGUUCGGCAAGGAGGUGUAUCGCUGCGACAUCUGCCACAUGCCCUUCAGCGUCUAUAGCACCCUCGAAAAACACAUGAAGAAGUGGCAUGGUGAACACUUGAUGAGCAACGAUGUCAAACUUGAGCAGGCUGAUCGAGCCUAAGCUAUGUGCACUAAAGCACAUAGUUCAGACAGUGUGACAAGUUUAGCUGAAAAUCAUUUGAAUAAGUCUAACUAGAGUUUUUGGAAUGAUUUGGUGUUUUAUUUUUUUUCAAUUCGUGUUUUUUUUUUCUAGUGCCACCUGAGAAAUAAGAACGUUAGUAAAUGUUUGUGGAUGGAUUUGAAAAAGCCCUGCUGGCAUUCCCGGCAACCACCAGGAAUUUGUCCAUUCUGAAUCCAUGGAGCCUUUCUACUGUGCAAUAAUUUCUGUAUUUAUUGGAUCAUUUCUUGAUGAUACUUGGCAUGUGCAGGUAUAUUAUGGCAUGUGCAGGGGUUUUAAUGCAUUCCUUUGUUCGAAUAUUAUUUUCAGACACCAUUUUAAGAUGACACAUACUGAGAUUUCGGCGUUCUGCCACCAGUUUUUGUUCGAGGAAUUUCCUGAAAGGAAAAGUGGUCAUUUUAACCUGCUAAAUUCUGAAGAAGUUGUACUUCGAAAUAAA